AUGGCUUCCGUACCUCAGGCGCCCCAAUUCGGGCUCUUCUCCUUGCCUCCCAUCAAAAAUGAACCCAUGCGCAACUAUGAGCCCAAGAGCGAAGAUCGCAUCAAGCUCCAGCAGGCCGUCGACGAGAUGAUCGCCGCAGGACCCUUCGAGGUCCCCGUCGUCAUCAACGGCGAGAAGAUCAAGACAGGCAAGGUUGCCCAGCAGCCCAACCCUUCCAACCACUCGCACAUCCUCUGCAACUACCACGAGGCCGACGAGGCGCUCGUCCAAAAGGCCAUCGAGGGCUCGCUCAAGGCCAAGACCGCAUGGGAGAACAUGCCCUGGAACGACCGUGCCGCCAUCUUCCUCAAGGCGGCCGACCUGAUCGCCUCCAAGUACCGCUACAAGGUGCUCGCAGCCACCAUGCUCGGUCAGGGCAAGAACGUGUGGCAGGCCGAGAUCGACGCUGCCGCCGAAAUCUGCGACUUCUUCCGUUUCAGCGCAAAGUACAUCCAGGAGCUCUACUCGACGCAGCCCCCUGAGUGCUCGGCCAACACCUGGAACCGCACCGAGUACCGCCCUCUGGAGGGUUUCGUGCUCGCCGUCUCGCCCUUCAACUUCCUUGCCAUCGCCGCUGGUAACUUGAUCUGCGCGCCUGCAAUGACCGGUAACGUCGUCGUGUGGAAGCCUUCGCCCAUGUCGAUCUACUCCAACUACGUCGCCUACGAGAUCCUCCGCGAGGCUGGUCUUCCCGACGGCGUUAUCCAGUUCGUCCCCGGUCCGGCUCCCGAGAUUGUCGGCGCUGCCAUCAACCACCGCGAAUUCGCCGGUCUCCACUUCACCGGCUCCACCCACGUCUUCCGUCAGCUCUGGAAGCAGAUCGGCAACAACCUCGACAAGUACCGAGGCUACCCGCGCAUCGUCGGCGAGACCGGCGGCAAGAACUUCCACAUGGUCCACAAGUCGGCCAACGUCGACGCCGCCGUCACCCAGUCCAUCCGCGCUGCUUUCGAGUACCAGGGUCAGAAGUGCUCUGCGCUCUCGCGUCUCUACGUGCCCAAGUCCAUGUGGGAGGGCGAGUUUAAGCAAAAGUUGCUCGACCAGAUCGCGCAGAUCUCGGUCGGCCCCGUUCAGGAGUUCAAGCACUUUAUGGGUCCCGUCAUCGCCAAGCACUCGUUCGAGAAGAUCAUGGGCUUGAUCGAGGCUGCCAAGAAGGAAGGUGGCGAGGUGCUCUGCGGUGGUCAGGGUGACGACUCCAAGGGCUGGUACGUCCAGCCUACCGUCAUCGAGACCAAGGACCCCAAGUCGGUUACCAUGGUCAACGAGAUCUUUGGUCCCGUCAUCACCGUCUACGCCUACCCCGACGAGGAGUUUGAGCAGACGUGCGAGCUCAUUGACUCGACCACCGAAUACGCCCUCACCGGCUCCAUCUUCUCGGCCGACCGUUACGCACUGAUCCGCGCCAGCAACCUGCUGCGCAACGCAUCGGGCAUGAUGUACUACAACGACAAGUGCACCGGUGCCGUUGUGGGUCAGCAGCCAUUCGGUGGUGCUCGUGCCUCGGGUACCAACGACAAGGCUGGUUCCAUCUCGAUCUUCUACCGAUUCGUUUCGGCCCGCACCAUCAAGGAGACCACUAUCGACCCUGCCACCCACAUCUACCCCAGCAACCUCGAGUAA